AUGCCUGUCUCCAUCACAAAGCAGUUACUAGCCGUAGCGUCAUGGUCCUCAACGCGGCUUGACCUCAUCUCUAUCGGUGCUGAUAACGCCAUUUACCAUCAAAGCCGGGAUGGAUCGAAAUGGAACAGCGGCUGGGACUCGCUGGGUGGCUCAUUUGCCGCCGUGACGCCUACGAUAGCUUGGCAAACAUCGUGGGAUGAGUUGAAUGAGGAAACCUUCACGGGCUCUUUCGCCGCCACUUCAUGGGGCAGAGAUCGAUUGGAUGUCUUUGGAAGGGGAGAGAGCGAUCGGGGGUUAUAUCACCAAUCGUUGCCAUCUUUGCAGUGGAACGGUCAACAGUGGCAAUCUGAGUGGGAGAACCACGGUGGGAUCCUAACCUCGGAGUUGGCCGUCACCUCAUGGUCGAAAUCUCGCCUGGACAUCUUCGGCCUCGGAACCGACGACGGACUUUGGCACCUCUCGUUCGACAACGAUUACGGCUGGGCCACGCAAUGGGAAGGCCUUGGCGGAGAGUUCACGUCUGCGCCGGCGGCUACGUGUUGGGGUGAAGGUCGCAUUGAUAUCUUUGGAAUCGGGGUCGACAAUGCUUUGUAUCAGAAAUACUGGGGUGGUGCUUGGAACAGAGGUUUUAACAACUUUGGUGGCUCAUGGGUGAGUCCUCCAGCUGUAGUAAGCUGGGCAACUGGGAGGCUCGAUGUCUUUGUGCUAGGUGAGGACUAUUCCGUCUAUCACUUGGCAUACGAGGAUGGCGUUGGCUGGCAAGCCGAGUGGGAGUCUCUCGGCGGGCCAUUCGAUAGUCCUCCCCUCGCACUGAGCCGAGAGCCGGGAACGAUCAACGUCUUUGCUGUGGAUCUUGACGGCAGAGUAUGGCAUAGGGAAUGGGAUGGAAGCCGGUGGAGUGACUGGGAAGGUCUUGGGAUACCUCAGAAGCCGAAAGAGGGAGGUAGGAUCAAGGGAAAUCCUCCGCAGAGCAACGGGUCUGGCAUCGCGGUUGGGACGAUUCGCCCCAUCACUACCGGGGCAACACUGACGGAAAGCAGCGGGGCUCUUCCGACGGGAGGAGACAAGACCGAUUCGGCAGACGAGUCGGCUGAGACAGACUCUGAUAGUUCUGCUUCUCCAGGAGGUUGUUACUCAAUCGUGAUUUGCUCUGGAGCUGUUAUUAUGGCCCUGGUGGUGAAUCUGUAA